AUGGAGUCUACUCAGAUCAAUGCCAACGCUGGAAUCGAGAAGUCUUCAUUCACAUGUGACCAGUGCGAUCUAUCUUAUCGGAGAAGAGAGCACCUAAAACGACACCAAGCCACCCACACUACGGAAAGGACGCAUGUAUGCCACCAGUGCAAGAUUGCUUUCCAUCGAUCUGAUGUUUUGGGUCGGCACUUGAAGACUUGCACGGGGAAGAAAGCAAGAACAUCGACUGCUUUGAAGCGGGCUUGUCAACCUUGCGCCAAAAGUAAACGGGCUUGUGAUGGAACGCAACCCAAGUGUUCGAGCUGCUCAAAGAAAGGAAUCUGCUGCGUCUAUCCUUCCGCCAGCAAUGAUGUUUCUUGCAAUGGUCCAGAGGCACUCCCGGACGCAAACUCUGGCUUCGAAUCAUACUGGUCCAAUCCAUCGCUGAAUGACUUCGCUUACGCUUUCGGCGGCAGUAUUGACGGCUGGGGUAACGCAAUUCCAGAUGAACUUUCGUUGAGCCCGACGAACAAUGGCCUAUCUCUAGAGUUCCUGGAACGCUUCACCAGAACACACGGUCUCAUUGCAUCGUUUGACUGCCUUUCGGAGCCUGAGAGGGUGCCUGGUCGUAAUUUCUUCGCCGCAAAGAUUCGUGCCCAGCAUUCAGACCGGCCGACCAGGGAAGAUCCUUUGAAAGCCAAGUCAGAGGAGAUCGUAGGUCUCGUGGAGGAAGUCGUUACCUUCAAGUCUCGGAACAGCCCUUUAUUGUUGUCUUGGUCACCUCAGCUGCAGGCAUCUUGCCAUUUCUUCUUCUCGCCAGACAAUAUUCGGCUGUACUUGGAGAUGUUCUGGGCGUUUUGGCACCCGAACGUCAACUUCUUGCAUCGCCCAACAUUUGAUGCUAUAUCAGCGAAAGCUGUUCUUGUGGCAGCAAUGGUUGUGAUGGGAGCUUCUGUCUCACCCAAUUCCUCAGACCGAGAAUGCGCAAAGAUCUGGUUAACAUGUGUUGAGGAGAUAGUAUUUCAAGAUGAUGACUUCUGUCGGGAUGACGAAGAAGUACUGCAUUCUUUUCCAUCUCGCGCAAGGCUGCAGGCUUUGCAAGCUGCUUACAUUGUUUGCCUCUACCUGAAUUGGGAAGGCAGCGACUUGAGCAAACGUCGAAUACGAAGAUUUCGCUUCUCGACCAUAGUUGCGGUUGCGAGAGACAUUGGUAUUAAUCACGCAAAGCACACACUCUCGCCACCAGACGACUUCACUUCCUUCUCCUGGCACGAUUUUGUCAUUCGCGAGGAGCUGAUCCGCUUAUUUCUCUGGAUCUUCCUCCUCGACACAGCAUUUGUGAUCUUUAAUAACCUCCCACCAAGGAUGGCCAUCAAGGAGAUGCAAAUGCAGCUGGCAUCAAGCGAGGCAUGCUUCCAGGCCGCAUCGAAGGAUGAAUGCUUUCAUCAGCUACAGGUCGGUGCCGUGAACCUGAAGCAUACGCUGUCCUCACUCUGCGAGCGUCUUUGCAGCGAAUCAAUGCCCCGAACUCUUCUGACGCCUCUUGCUGACCUUGGACCUCUCAACUUGUUCGCGCUGACAAGCGCACUGCACUCUCUCAGCUUCCAAAUCCAGCAGUGCUUCGGUUACGACAAACAAAUGACUCCAAUCCGAACUGCUCUCGACAACUGGAUUCUUAUUUGGCAGACGUAUUCUGACCACUACGCCAACAAAGAGCGCCACUGUCCCCUGUUCGACAAAACUCUGGAGCCAGAGGUCAUGUGGAAACGAGUCGGCUUCUCACGAUACGCAUGCGAAUACUGGACUCUCGCCAAGCUGAUCGUGGACCGCAUUUCCUUUUCAGCCUUCUUGAAAGAUACCACUCAGCAGGAGCAGUCAGCUGGCGAAAGUCAAGACUCACUGCUUGAGAAAUACGACGACACUUCUAUGAAACAAGUCAAUGAUCUAAUCACCGAGUUCCAGAGAGUCAUAAUCUAG